AUGGGCGAGCUCAAGGACUGGAUGCCGCUGGUGAUUUUUGAUUUGGCCUGCGUCUUCCUCUACUCGGGGAUCAUCUUUGGAUGGGCGCCGCUCCACCAGAUGCUCGUCAAGGAGGGCUUUUACGCUGAGCUCUGCGAAGGCGAGGAAGUCCCAUGCGCCGCCAUGGAGAACAAGCUGAAUUCAGCCUUCACGCUCGCCUCGAGUGCGGUGUCGGUGAUCGCGCUGCCUGCGGGCUGGUUUGUCGACACCUUCGGCCCGAUGGCGGGAAUCAUGAUCGCGGGCGUCCUGCAAGUGAUUUCGCUCACCGGCAUUGGGCUCGUCCAGCAGCUCGGGGAUGUCGCCGGGUUUGACCUGUUCGCAGCGUCGCUCGUGAGCAUGUCGAUGGCCGGCGCGAUCACCAUGUUCUGUGGCUACACCGUCCCCUUCCUCUUCCCCAAGCAGGCCACGCUGCUCAUCGCCGCCACCUCGUGCCUCUUUGACGGCUCGUGC